AAGCCGGCAGCUGUUCACACUAACCCCUCAGAAGAUAUAGGAAAACCAAUUGUAGUGGCACCAGCAGAACCUGCAGAGACGGCCGAGACCAUGAAACCUGCAGAAGCUGUGAAACUGGCUGAAGCUUCCCAAGCAGCUGCAGCGGUAACAGAAAAGUCAGCUGAAGGUGCGAAGCCUGUAGAGACAGCCAAACCAGCGGCAACGAAACCUGCGGAGCCAGCCAAACCAGCAGCCGCGAAACCUGCAGAGCCUGCCAAACCCUCAGUUACAAAACCAGCAGUGCCUGCAAAACCAGCAGCCACUAAACCCGCAGAGCCU